AUGCUGCCAUCCCACUACGUGAGUUACCUGGACCUGGCGAGCCAAGGCGUGGUGUCGAUCCGCACGGCAGACGACUCCGGCCUCGCCAACGUGUCCGACACGGCCAAGACGUUCUUCAGCUUCGAGGAGGAGUUCCAGCGCUACGAGAGCUACAAGUGGAUCUACCGCAACUGGUCGUGGAGCCUGAUCCUCGCGGCCGCCUACGUCGGCCUCGUCUUCCUCGGCCAGUGGUACAUGAGGGACCGGGAGCCGUUCAAGCUGAAGGGGCCGCUGGUGUUCUGGAACUUCGGGCUGGCCGUGUUCAGCACGGUGGGGGCGGCUAGGACCCUUCCGGAGCUCUUCGAGUCCGUCUAUCAUCACAGCUUCUACCAUUCCGUCUGUAUUCCGAGCUACUACGGAGAAAACAACGUGACAGCAUGCUGGACGUGGCUGUUCGCGAUGUCGAAGGUGCCCGAGCUGCUCGACACGGCAUUCAUCGUGCUCCGGAAGCAGCGCCUCAUCUUCCUGCACUGGUACCACCACGCCACGGUGCUCAUGUACACGUGGUACAGCUUCGCGGGGUACACGGCGUCGGGACGGUGGUUCAUCUCGAUGAACUUCACGGUCCACGCCCUCAUGUACACGUACUACAUGCUCCGGGCCAUGAAGGUCCACGUACCGCGCACCCUGGCCAUGCUGAUCACGGUCGCGCAGAUCGCGCAGAUGUUCCUGGGGAUCGUGGUGAACGCGAGAGCCGCGAAGGCCCUGGGGGAGGGGAGCGUCUGCUCCGUGACCCAGAGGAACAUCACGGUGUCCAUGCUCAUGUAUGCCACGUACUUCAUGCUCUUCGUCAACUUCUUCAUCGCGGCGUACACGAGGAGGAGUCAGAGGCGGCAGGUGAAGAAGGUCCAGUGAGGGGGAUGCCGGCGCCCGGUCCAGUGAGGGAGGAUGUCUCGUCGCUUGCCUCCGCGUUCUGUUUCGCUGUCCGUAAUAUUUUUAUUUUUAGCCGAUGUGAAUGGUGUGCCAAACGGAACCGUAGAGAGGGAAAGCCUGAUUCUGCUUGAAUGGACCCGAGAGAAAGUGAACAUGUAAUAAAAUAUCAUUUUUAUGAAUGGAUAUAAACGAUGGAGUGGAUUCCAUUUCGGCGUGAACGG